AAUUUCUCCACUCACGCAGUUAACGAAUUAAGUUGAAAUUCACAGAAGUCGUUAAUUGAAACCUCCUAAAAAUCACCAAAUCACUCAAUUGAAAUCACCACAAUUCUCCCUCUCUUUCCCUCUCAAUCCCGGAAUUUCUCUCUCCUCUUGGUUCGCUUGAGUAGCGGAAGAAGGUUAAGUGCACAACCAGCAAAGGUACUUCUUCUCUUCAUUCUAUCAACAAAUUGUAGGUUUUUUAGGGUUUUGUUGCAAUCGUUGUUCUCUAUUUAAUUAGUUAAAAUUCAAUAAAUAAUGGAUGAGCAUCAAGACAUGGAGAAAUUUGGGAUGGAAAAUGAUUUUGAGGGGGGCCAGUAUAUGGGGGAAGAAUUUUUUUACAGAAAGCGGAAAGAAAAAACAGUUCAAUCUAAGGAUGAUGCAACAUAUGGUAUAUUUGCAUCCAGUAGUUCUGAAGAUGAUGAUGGUUCCUUAACUGGGAAGAAGAAGAACAAGAGGCGAAAAGGGGGGAUUAUUAAGAAGGCAGAUUACUCGAAACCCAUAAAUUUUAUUUCCACUGGUAUUUUUGCUCCUAAUGAGGAGGUUAAGCUUAAUACCAAAGAGGGUAUUGAAAAUUCUGAGGGUGAGGAGGGUGCAGAUGGGUCCAAACCCGGGCUUGGGCUUGGGUUUGGGUUAGGUGCUGGGGCGAAUGUUGGAGCUGGAUUGGGGUUUGGGGAGAAAGGAUUGGGAGGUAGGAGGGAUGAUGAUGAUGGUGAAGGGGAAGAGGAUGAUGAAGAGUUGUUCUUGCCAACCAGCUUUGGGAGGAAGAUCAAGGAAGGGGCAGAAAAACGGCGUGAGAAGGCGAAAUUGGUUGGGCGCAGUAGUGGGGGGAGUAAGUCUCAAUCGGGAGGGGUAAGGAAAGGUUCAGAUGUGUUGGAUGGUAAUGUGGGGGUUUUUGAGAAGCACACAAAAGGGAUUGGGUUGAAGUUGCUAGAGAAGAUGGGUUAUGGUGGUGGUGGGUUGGGGAAGAAUCAACAGGGUAUUGUUGCUCCGAUCGAGGCAACGAAGAGGCCAAAGGGGGAGGGGCUAGGGUUUAAUGACUACCAGGGGAAUAAGAGUUUGCCAACCUUGGUGAAUAUACCUCCACCACCUGAAUUGGAGGAAAAGCAAGUGUCUUUGAAGAGGGAGGAAAAACCAUGGAAGAAACAAGCUCGAACUCGUGCUAAGAAGAAAGAAAGUAUUAUCACCCCAGAUGAGUUUUUGGCUAUGAAGGCAGAGGCACAAGGGCCGGAGUUAGUACUUCAGAAGGUGGUGGAUAUGAGGGGUCCACAGGUUCGGGUGUUAACAAAUCUGCAAAAUCUGAAUGCAGAAGAGAAAGCUAGGGAAAGUGAUAUUCCCAUGCCAGAGUUGCAGCACAACAUUAGAUUAAUAGUAGACUUGGAAGAGCUUAACAUUCAGAAGGUGGAUCAGGAUUCCAGGAAUGAGAGAGAAACUGUGGUUGCAUUGCAGAAGGAAAAGGAAAUGCUACAGGUAGAUGCUGUGCGCCAGAAGAAGCAGAUUGAUUCUAUGAUGGAGGUUUUGCUGGUUUUAGAUCGUAUUGAGGAAGAGAAUACGUCCGGGAAAUUGACUUUAGAGUCACUUGCAAAGUCCUUUGGAGAUCUCCAGAGGAGGUUUCCUGAGGAGUAUAAGCUAGGUAACUUGUCUUGCAUAGUAUGUUCACUUGCUCUUCCUAUGUUAAUUAGAGUAUUCCAAGGAUGGGACCCACUUCAGAACCCAUUGCAUGGUAUGGAUGUUAUAGCUAUGUGGAAAGGUUUGUUGCAGGGAGAUGAGGAUUAUGACAUUUUUGAGGAUGCAUCAGCUCCAUAUUCACAGUUGGUGGCUGAAGUAGUGUUUCCGGCGGUUAGAAUAGCGGGUAUAAACACAUGGCAGGCUAGAGAUCCAGAGCCUAUGCUCCGGUUUCUAGAAUCAUGGGAGAAGUUGCUUCCACGGUCCGUGCUACAGUCACUUCUUGAUAUGGUUGUGAUGCCUAAGUUGUCUGAAGCAGUGAAUUCUUGGGAACCUUGUAGGGAAACUAUACCGAUCCAUGUGUGGGUGCACCCUUGGCUUCCAUUGCUUGGACAGAAGCUGGAGACUCUCUAUCAAGCUAUUCGUAUAAAAUUAGGAACUGUUCUUUAUAAAUGGCAUCCUAGUGAUAUGUCAGCCUAUACUAUCCUAUCACCUUGGAAGACGGUAUUCGAUGCUUCAAGUUGGGAACAACUUAUUUGCCGGUCCAUCCUUCCGAAGUUGAUAGAUGUGAUGAAGGAAUUUCAAGUUAAUCCUGCUAAUCAAAAACUUGAUCAGUUUUACUGGGUCAUGACUUGGGCUUCUGCAGUUCCCAUACAUCACAUGGUUACCUUACUGGAGUCGCAAUUCUUCAACAAAUGGCAGCAAGUUUUGUACCACUGGCUUUGUACAAGUCCAAACUUUGAAGAGGUUCUGAAAUGGUACAAUGGAUGGAAAGAUCUUUUUCCUGCAGAACUUUUGGCCAACGAACGUAUUCGGAUGCAGCUAAACCAAGGCCUGGAGAUGAUGAGCCAGGCUGCUGAAGGUUUGGAGAUGGUUCAGCCUGGCGUGAAGGAGAACAUUAGCUAUAUGAGGGUGCAAGAACAAAGACAAUACGAGGCUCAAUUGAAAGCCUCCCAACAAACAGAUGAUGUGCCUAAGACCUUAAAAGAAGUUGUCGAAUUCUAUGCACAGCAACAAGGCUUGCUCUUCAAGCCAAAACCUGGGAGAUUACACAACCAUCACCAAGUAUAUAGCUUUGGUAGUGUAAGCAUUACUGUGGACUCCUUACAUCAGAAGAUCUACGCUCAAAGCCAUGGAGAAUGGUCUUUGGUUACUCUUGAUCAACUCCGGCAAAUGCAGAACAUUUCUGGUCCGGGACGGCACUGAGCUUUGCUGAAAUCAAAUCUGAACUUAUUGGCCAUGGCUGUUGGUUUGAAGCAGAAGGAAAGUGUGGAUAGAAUCGUGAGGAAGUUUGUAGGAUACAAUUUUGUCGUGAUGCUUUUUCAUUAUGAUGGCAAUAUGGAUGACUGGAAGGACUUGGGGUGGAGUACCCGUGCAUUGCACAUUGUUGCUACCCAUCAAACUAAAUGGUAUAUACAUGUACCGGUCUUGCAUCAUGUCUACAACAUUUCUGGUAACAGCAUAUAUCUCAUUAUCUUCCCUUCAGGUGGUUUGAAAGUUGAAAAUUUCAAUGUUAAACGCUAUUUAUAUGUCGUGAAGAAAGAAGGACUAUAGAUAUCUCAGGCUGCACUUGAUCCUGAUAAAUCGGAGGUUCAU